UCCGCCCCAAAAACAUCAGAGUUGUCAGUCUUGAGUGGCUUUCUUCACAGUGACGUUGACGUUUUUGUUUUGGCAUUUUAUCGUCAAAUAUCGUCUGUUUGUUUUUCAGUCGUGCAAAAGUUGAGGAUAAAAACAUGACUAAAGUAGACAUCCCAGAGAUAUUCAGAGCUUUCUUGGAAACUCCAUUUACUUUACCGAGCUACGACACAGAUGACACGGACAAGGAGAAGUUGGGGUUGGACGAGGAUGCCGACCUCAGCGGAGGAGGCAGUGGGAUGGAGCCGUCGGCCGCCCUCACCCCCGCCAUCUGGGACAAAACCAUUCCCUACGACGGUGAGAACUUCCACUUGGAGUACAUGGACCUCGAGGAGUUCCUCAUGGAGAACGGCAUCGCCGCCUCGCCUGAAGAAGACGUCGCCAUCAAGGCGGAGGAGGUGAAGGAGAAGCCGGCCGACGCGUCCCUGCUGCCAGUUAACGAGCUGGUAAAGUUCGAUGAAGAGGUGGUGAUCAUCACAAACGGCGAGACCGACGUCACGUCUGAUGUUACAGCAGAAGUGACAACAGAUCCAGAGAGCGCGACCCCGGACGCCGUAGAUCCCGACGACAUCCAGGUUGACGUCAACUACGAGCCCGACCCCACCGACCUGGUCCUGUCGAGCGUACCGGGGGGCGAACUGUUUGACCCUCGUAAGCACAAGUUCACCGAUGAAGAUCUCAAGCCUCAGCCCAUGAUUAAGAAGGCCAAGAAAGUUUUUGUCCCUGAAGAACAGAAGGAUGACAAGUACUGGCAGAGGCGGAAGAAGAACAACAUGGCCGCCAAGCGCUCACGCGACGCCCGCAGGCUAAAGGAAAACCAGAUCACCGUGCGAGCGGCGUUCCUGGAGCGCGAGAACACGGCGCUGAGGACGGAGGUGGCGGAUCUGCGCAAGGAGUGCGGCCGCUACAAAAACAUCGCGGGAAGUUACGAGGCCAAAUUCGGAAAAUUGUAAGGGGCCCAAAAAGAAAAAAAAAAACCACAGUUGUGAAUGUCUUCCCUCCCUGUAGCAUAAGGCGGCAUUUGGGAUUUGUUAGCCAUCUUCUUUGUUGGCCAUACUUAGAUAUAUAUGAAAAAAAAAACUGCCUAACAAAGGUUGGGGAAGGGGUGGCGUGGGGUGGUAAUACCCUUUCAGACAGGAGCGUGGGUGUCACUUCCUGCCGCGGUCGCCUGGUGAACUGUUCCAAGUCAUUGCACAAAACCAAACACGAUGCAAUGUCACACCAACAGCGUUCUCACUCGUCCUUCUUCUUUUCUUUUUCAAGUCUGGUGCCGGAAGACCUGUAGACUGCACUUAAGAUUUUUUUUUUUCUAAAUGGUGUGGUUUGGGGAUGGAAAAAAAAAAGAGGAGGGGAAAAAGUGGAGCAGAGCGCGCGAUGCAAACGGAAGCUCACGUUCGGAGCUUUGAGCGUUUGAGUGAAGCGCUUCUUGUGUUCUGUGCUUUUAUCGGCUGUAAGAGGUCAUCUUUUAUUGAUGGUAUAAUAAUGAGCUUUUUAGCGUUGUGACGUCUUUUUUAUUAAGAUUAAUUACAAGAGUUGAUAGAUGCGUCGCUAUUGCAAUACCUUAAAACGUGGUGACAGAUUAUUCCGGAAUAAUCUGUCACCACGUUUUAAAUUUCCACUUGGUUUUCUAUGUUCAACAAAACAUGUUAAAUAUUUUUUUUUUUUCAAAUUUAAGCAGGUGGAAAAUAUUGAAAUGUAUUCAGGGAAUUACAUUGUCCUGGUUUUCUGUGGGUGUGGGUGUGGGUGGGGGGGAUUGUUGAGUGGGACACCUCACACUUUGGUGUCUGUGUGUGUCUGCCACGCUUGUGUCUUUGUGAAUUUUAUGUGUGACUUGUACAAACUCCCAUCAAUGCAUGUCGUGGAAAUGGUUGUCGCCUAUUAUGGGCCUUAUUUGUUGUAUCUCCCAUCGUUUCACUCCCGGUCAAAGUACAAAACUAGGAGGAAUCUCGUUUUGCGGCGAUAAAAAAAAUUUGAUAUCAUAACAUGCUCGGAGAUCAUCUGUUUCCUUUGUAAUGUGUUUUAUAAUGUUCACGAUGGGGGAUGUUUGGUGUUUCAAAACAAUGCAUGGGGGAAAAUGACAAAGUUUGUCAUUUGACCUUUUUUUUUUCUCAUCUAAAUAAUUUCAAAACCACAUAAAGGUUACAACUAUUGUUAAAAAAACGUUCAGUUCCCUUCAUGUAAUACUAUGAAGUCGAAAGUAGCUUUUAGUACAGGGACAUUCCGUUGCAUCACCAGUGUUGUUUUUCGUGUUCAGUUUCUCUGCCGCUUCCUUAUGGGUACUGUCCGUUCGCCAGGAAAGCUAUGAGUUGCUAAUCUAAGGCAUGUCCGGUGGAAUUUUGUGGAUUUACGACAUACCUCGAUCUAUCAAAGCACUUCCAGCCUUAUUCAUAUUCAAAUGCAGUUUAACCAGAGUUCUCGAGCAUCGCCUUUUAAAGCGGUGUAAUAUGCGGACGAUCGGCUUCCUGACCUGUUCGAAGUCGCUCUCACGCUUUCUGCUGCAGUCCGGAUUGCAUAUCGGCCUUCUUUCGGAAAUGUCCAACUUUUGACGUUGUUUUCUUUUGAAACUUUCAUCUUUGUUAAAUGCGGUCUUGACUUUUUCAGUCUGGUGACAUUCAUGUAUAUUCAUUGUGUAUAAAUAAAGCCUUGCAGAGAACAUCUUGA